AUGCAUAAGCCCAAGUGUUGCAAGCAAUGCAUUAAUCAAUCCUCCAACGACUUCUCUUUCUCUUAGUUUCACGCAAUAUACUCUUCGCCUUUCUGUUAUUUCCCUUAUAUAAAUCCCAAUACCUCAUUUCUCAGUCUCCAAAUCUCUCUCUUGCUAUCUUUCUUGUGUAUUUCUUAGUUGUUCAUCUGCUGCUUCUGUAGAUAUAUAGUACAAGUUAACAAAGUACUAGAUAUUUCAGAAAAAGCAAUGGCGAUUGGUUAUGGUAAUAGCUAUCUUCCAUUUUUGGCCAUGGUGUUUGUGCAAGUGUGCUAUGCAGGAAUGAACAUUACUUCAAAGCUUGCUCUGGAGGCUGCGAUGAACCCUCUUGUUCUUGUUGCUUAUCGUCAAGUUUUCGCCACCUUAGCCAUAGCUCCGUUUGCUUAUUGGAUGGAAUGGAAAACAAGACCCAAGAUCACAAUGCCUAUUCUCUUCCAGAUUUUUCUAUGUUCUUUAACCGGAGCAACUGCCAACCAAGUGUUCUAUUUUGUUGGAUUGAACAAAAGCACUCCAACCAUUGCUUGUGCCUUGACAAAUACACUCCCAGCUAUGACAUUCAUCCUUGCAGUCCUUUUCAGACAGGAAUCAGCAAAAAUGAAGAGCAGGGCAGGGUUAGCUAAGGUGAUGGGAACAGCAGUGUGUGUAUUUGGAGCAAUGAUACUCUCAUUUUACCAUGGGAAAAACAUUGGUAUAGGUAAAUCCAAAAUUCACUGGAGUUAUGCGCAGAAAGUGGGAGAGUCAACUUCUGUCAACAAUGCCAACUCCUUUGUUGGCCCCAUUUUAGUCAUCAUCAGCACCUUAGGUUGGGCAAUGUGGUUCAUCAUCCAAGCAAAAGUGAGUGAUAGCUUUCCAGCACCAUACACAAGCACCGCAUUGAUGUGUUUGAUGGCUAGUUUGGAGUGUGGGCUCAUUGCUGUAAGUGCCGAGCACAAUCGACAUGCAUGGUCAUUGAAUAACCCCAUGAAGCUUACCGCAAGCCUCUAUGCAGGGAUCAUGGGUUCUGCAGUAGCAUUUUUCUUCACUUCAUGGAGUAUCCAAAGGAAAGGACCUCUUUAUGUGUCGGUGUUCAGCCCUCUGCUCCUCAUUGUUGUGGCUGUUACCAGCUGGGCUCUGCUUGAUGAGAAUCUAUACCUGGGAACUGCUGUAGGAUCACUCUUGAUUGUGGGUGGGCUCUAUUCUGUUCUUUGGGGGAAGACCAAGGAGACGGCAGAGCUUGAGGGCAAAGAAACUGACGCAAAUACAAAGCCAAAUGCUGCUUUCAAGGAAUUUGAGAAAAACGACUUGCAGCUGCAGCUGCCCAAAUGAGAACAUUCAC